AUGGCCGACCACGCAACACGGAAAACGACCACCGACAGGCUCGAGGACGCUAUCACCCGUCUCUCCAAUAGCCAAACCACACUUCUGGAUAAACAUGCUGAUCUCGUUGACAAAUACUCAGAACUUUCCGGCAAAGUGGAUACGAUCCUUGAUCAUCUCCAUUUGCGAUCUCCGGCGCGGGAGCAUCCUGGGUCCUCUUCCCAUUUCCACCAACGUAACUCUGUCAAGUUGGACAUUCCAAGAUUUGAUGGCCGCGACCCCAUGGGGUGGAUUUUCAAGAUUUCACAGCUAUUCGAAUACCAGAACACGCCAGAAGAAGAAAGGAUCACCGUGGCCUCCUUCUACCUGGAUGGGGCUGCAUUAAGCUGGUACCAAUGGAUGUUUAGGAACGGGUUUAUUACUUCAUGGUCAGGCUUCCUACAAGCUCUCGAGUCCAGGUUGGCGCCUUCGUAUUAUGAUGACCCUAAGGGGGCUCUCUUCAAACUGACGCAACGUGGCACCGUUAAUGAGUACCUAACGGAGUUCGAACGGUUAGCUAACAGUGUUAUUGGUUUACCACCACCUUUCCUGUUAAGCUAUUUUGUUUUAGGUUUAGCACAAGAUAUACGUCGAGAAGUGCUAGCUCUUCAACCCAUUUCCCUUCCACAAGCCAUGGCUCUUGCCAAAUUACAGGAAGACAAACUCCGAGAUCGCCGGCAAGCGCCACCACGAAGUCACAAUACUCCAUCUCCAUCAUAUGUCCCUACCAGCCGGAAAGCACAGUCCACAUAUGUUCAGAGAACACCAGAUGAGAUGGCCCUUCGUCGGGAAAAGGGUCUCUGUUACAAUUGUGAUGAAAAAUGGAGCUCCACUCACCGCUGCAAGGGACGCAUCCUUUUGUUCAUCGCCGACAACCCAUCCCUUAUACAAGAAGAACCCAUUCCCGAACCUUCCUUGCCUUCAAUUCCGGAACCAACCCCAGCGUCCACCCUAGACUUUGACACACCCUCUGAGUUAAACCUCCCUCACGUGAGCCUCCACGCCUUCUCUGGCCUCCCCUCCUCCGAGACCUUCCGACUUGUCAGAGUCAUCAAUCACUCCUCCCUUACCAUCCUUAUAGAUAGCGGAAGCACCCAUAACUUCCUCCAGCCUCGCAUUGCCCAGUUCCUCCACCUAAAAGCCCAAAACACGAGCCCACUCCAUGUCCUAGUUGGUAAUGGGUCUGUCCUUGAUUGUAACCAAGUCUGUCCCGAUACACCGCUAUCCCUCCAAGGCCACCAUUUCACGGUUACGUUCCAUUUGCUUCCUAUCAGUGGUGCAGAAGCUGUGUUAGGAAUAGAGUGGUUAAGGCAAUUUGGGCCCAUAACCACUGAUUGCACCACGUUUUCCAUGAAGUUCACCCAUAUGGGCCAGCCCAUUGAGUUACACGCUGAUGUUUCCACUGGGCCGAAACCAAUCUCAACCCCUCAAGUGAAACGGUUAUUACAAACCGGAUCCGCCUCAGCUCUCUUUCACUUAAAACUGAUCCACGACCCACAACCCGACCCACAACUUCAUCUUCCUCACCCGAUACCUGCAGUCGAAGCACUCCUAACCCAGUUUCAACACCUAUUCCAACAACCAUCUUCCCUCCCCCCUCCUUGCUCCAUCGUUCACCACAUAAACCUCCUACCCAAUACACCACCAAUCAAUGUAAGACCAUACCGUUACCCGCAAUUCCAGAAAUCAGAAAUCAAAAAGCAGGUGUCGGAGCUCCUCGCAUCUGGUUUGGUUCAACCAAGUAUGAGCCCUUAUUCCUCUCCGGUAUUACUAGUAAAGAAGAAGGACGGAACCUACAGAAUGUGUGUCGACUAUCGUGCCUUAAAUGCAGCAACAGUCCGCGAUCGUUUUCCGAUUUCGACGAUAGACGAGCUUUUGGACGAGUUAGGAAGUGUGGCUUGGUUCUCUAAGCUAGACCUUUGA